AUGAAAAGCAGUAGUAAGUUAGCUUCCCUUUCUCGGUUGCUGGUUUUUUUGUUCCUUGCAUUGCAGUAUACAAAUGGUACUGAUACUCUAGAACAGGGCCAAUCUAUUACAUUCUCGAAGACCCUUAUAUCUGGUGGUGAAAGAUUUGAACUUGGAUUCUUUUCUCCGAGAAACAGUUCGAGAGAAUAUCCUUUCCUGGGUAACUCUUCUAUUUUUGCCAUCAACCGUGAUGGGAACAUUGUGAUUUCUGAUGGCAAAAUAUCCUACAUGUUGACGAACAGGACAACUGGUGGCAACACCUUUGCCAGGCUACUAGAUUCAGGUAAUCUGAUAUUGCAAGAUCGGAUUAGCUUAAGCAAGAACAUUAGCCCAAAGGCGGAGGGUCUGAAUCGCUUUCUGCUUUUCUUUUCAGUUGUUAGAGGUUCGUUCCCCCUUUUGUAUGAUCGAUCUGAAGUUUUGUGGCAAAGCUUUGAUUAUCCUUCAGACACCAUUUUGCCUGGAAUGAAGCUUGGAAUGACAGAAGAUAUGGAGUUUAAUGCUUAUGGUUGGUUCAGAAGUGGUAACAACACUGUCACUUGGGGUUUGCGCGAUUCAUCUAGGAUUAUGCAGAUGGUACUCGACGUGUUUGGGCAGCUUAAGUUACAGACUUGGUGCGAAGGUGACCAACGCUGGUACAAUUUAGAGUCUUCCAAGUGCUCCUAUCACAGAUGUGGAGUUUUCAGUAUUUGCAACAUGACUGCUGAUACGCCAUGCAGAUGUUUGAAAGGUUUCAAACCUAUUUCCUGCAGUGCUUUGAAUGAGGUUGAAAAAUCUAAAGGCUGCGAGAGAAUAACCAACUUGCAGUGUAGCAAUGGUGGGGGUGAUUUGGGUUUCUUUGGAUGCCUUCUAAAAGAGUAUUUAUGGAAAAAAUUUUAUCUUAAGCUUGCAGUUUCUGAUCUAGUUACUAUAGGGAGGUCGACAAAUGGGACUACCAAAGUUAGUAAGGAUACAGGGAAUAGUAGGCAGCUAUGGGCAAUUGUCACACUAACAAUUUCUCUAUCAAUGCUGAGUUUGGGCCUAUUUAUUUACUGUGUCUGCAGAACAGUUCAACAAAAAGGAGAGGAUUUAUUAAAAUUUGAUUUGGCUUUGAUUGUAAACGGGGAUGAAAGAGACCUUUAA